GGAAAAAAGGCAGAGUAAGUGAAGACGUAACAGGGCAAUGAUUAAAACUCAGCAAACAUGGAGCCAGUGAGACCGGAAAAGAUUGACACAGGGAAAUAACAGUGAUAGCUCGGCCUUCUUUGCAUUAAUUGUCUGAGGCAACAUUCACCAACAGUGGGAAAUCAACUUGAUUGUGGAUGGAAUUCCCUCAGGAGGAAAUGGAGAAAUGAACUUAGGGACGAAGGAUUAAAAACUGUUCGCUCUCCACAAUGGUACGCUACUUCACUAGACACAUCUCGGCAGUAGGGGGAACUCGAACCCAGCCUCCAACUCAUAAGUAGGGACGCUACAACCGCACCACACGACCCUCGAAGUGAAGCAACUGCCGAGCUACAGGUGGCGUUAGAUGACCCUUCAAUGUACAUUUGGAAUAUGAGCUUUUUACCGGGGUGGUGGACAGAAUCCACCAGGCGAAACAUAAAGGAUUGGAUUAAAUAGUAUCAGAAGAAGGAGUAGGGAUUGGACGUCAAAUCAUUCAGUUGGAAGAAUGGCCAACAUGGAAGUAGCGAAUAAAUCAGACUCUACACACAAGGAUGGAGUCUGGAAGAAGCAGAGAGAGCCGUUUGCCACCGGAACUGAUAAAGAUCUUUGUUGUUUUCGGCGAUUGUUCAGUUGCCUCUGUUGUCAGUCCCGAAGCAUGGAUUUGAGAGAAAACGCGUCACUUGUAGCAGUGGAAGACGUCAGUCCCCAUUACUGUCUCUCCAACCCUGCCUUCACGACUUACCCUCACGAUUCCCGUACUGAGGAUCAUCAAACACCCAGGGUGACCUCACCAAUGAUGCCGGACAUGACAGAUUCGGAAGAUGCAGAGCCACAAGAGGUCAAGCAGGAUCAGGCAUCGGCUAACGAAGGAAGCACAGGCUGCACUCAAGAACUGGAGGUAGACCACACUGGGAAAGAGCCUAAUCAUCCAGAAGAUCCCAAUUUGCAGCAACAGCAGGAACAGCUCCAGGAAACCAGCCCGACAUCCCACAAUGACAAGAGUCUCCAGGAAUUCACUGGGCAUGAGAGACGGGAAUAUUUCGGGGAGUAUUCCCGAAGGGCAGAGCCUGGGGCAGAUGCUCCUGGACACACGGAGGAGAGUCGAGAUCCCUCCUGCUUGUGUUCUAACCUUUCUCACUGUGAGAGCGCCCUCUCCUCUCUUGGCUUCUUGCUCACACCUCAGUACGCCUCUGAGGGUAGUUCCCCAAUGACGUUCACCCACUUCCUAACCAAUCAUGUCUUCAGGCCAUUCAUUGGUCAGGAAAAGAACUGCGUCCCACUUUUGCAGAAACUCUGUAAAUUGGCCUACGAAGGACUUCAUCGGGAGACCUCUGUCCUUCAAGAACCUUCCCGCCACCAGAGGCUCAGUCGAUUGCAAUUUCGAUCCCACAUCCCGGCUGAGAUCUUGGAAAGGGAAGAAUCUGCUAGCGGGGUCAUGUAUAGAUUCCCCCACCCACUAGUACAAGGUUUCCUGGCGGCAGUGGAUCAAUUCCUGACCGCUGACCCCAGCAGUCUCCUCGUCGUCCUGGAGAGACAUUCUGAAGGGAGAGAUGCACGGUCCAGAGCAUUUCGGCAAUGCCUCUUUGGUCUUUGCUCUCCCCCUCUAUCCCGGCUGCUGGGCGAGCUCCUGGGUCCUGCCCCGCGUGAAACAAUUAGUAGGUUAACAGCAUUUUUGGAGUCGAGGGUCCGAGCGGGAAUACAGAGCGUGAACCGUGAGCCAAACACAGCAGAGCUGCUGCAGACCCUGUGCGAUAUCUAUGAAGCUCAGGACGAAGAGCUAGCCAAGAGGACAGUGGGUUCCGCCAAACAGCUGGCAUUUGGAGGGUGGAACCCUGUAAAGCUGAGCCAUAUGGAUUGUGUGGCUAUCGCCAUCGUGUUACAGCUGUGUCCCUCAGUGGAAGACCUCAACCUCAAUAGCUGUCACAUUGGAGAUGAAGGAUUGUGUUGCUUAGUCCCUGUCCUCCAUCGGUGUAAAGUGCUGAGGCUAAACCAGAACAAGUUGAGUGAUGCGUCUUCUGAAGGAUUGUUUACUGCACUGACCAGGACAGAAUGCAAAGUACAUACCCUGGAGUUGUGGGGUAACCAUUUGACUGACGUGUUUGCUGAACACUUUAAGUCAGCGCUCCAUGUAAACCGCACGCUAGAAGUAUUGGUUUUAAGUCACAACAGUCUGGGUGAUUUGGGAGCCAGAGGAUUGACAGCUGCCCUCAUGGAUCCUGGCUGCAAAAUCAAAAUAUUGAGAUUGGAUUGCAACGACCUAACUGACCACUGUGUGCAGGACAUUGCUUUUUCCGUUGGUUUCAACUGGUCUUUGGAGGGGUUGGAUUUGGACAGCAAUUAUUUCAGUGAUACAUCCAUCCCUUCAUUCAUAAGUCUCAUAAAAAAGAACACAGGAUUGAAGUGGAUCAGGUUGGCUGGUAACAAGUUUUCGUUAUUUGGCAAAACCCAACUGGGGUCAUUGCAACUAUACAGAAAAGGCUGUGAAGUGUGGGUGUGACUUGUAAACUAAUAUGAGACUUGCAAUGAACAUGGACCAGUGCUCACAGGGCAAACAUACUUCUGUAUAAAUCUGUAAAAAUCUGUAAAGAAUGCAAAUGCAAUGAACUGUGGCAAUUAUGUUUGUACUAAAGUCUGUUUGCAUAACUAUCUUACUUUAUUUCCAUAAUCUAAUUCAUUGCGAAAUAAACUGUGGAAUUAAAACAACUAUAGCUUAAUGUAUAAACAGCACUUUCAAAAAGAAAAAUCACCAAUUCCAUGAAUUUUUGGCGGAUUCCUAGGUGAAGUCUGACUGGUUCAAUGUUUGCUGAGUUUUAAUCAUUUCCCUGUUACACUUUCCCUUACUUUACUCUUUUUAAACUCUGCUUGCUUUUAAGUUCGAUCCCCAGGCGCACCCUGAUCAAAGGUCAGCUGCAAUGUGCCAGAAGACAACAUGGGAUAUCUAGUUGAAAACAAUAAAG